AUGCGAUGCGAUGCGCGGCCUGUCAUUUCCGAUGGUACCAAGGUCUUACACCGACCCGUUCGCCUAAUCCCCUCCCAUGCAGCUGCGGCCCUGAGCACUUCGUGCCCAGUUACCUUCGAUGCGAGGAUCAUGGUUGCUGUCUACGAGGUUCAUCGCUAUGUCCAAUCUCAUCGUCGACCACGAAAUAUCUGGGGUCCCAUCAACAUGCUCGGCGACAGCUUCAAUUCUCUCUGGAGUCUUCCCAUGAUUCAAGAGAAGCAAAACACUUGGGAUCAUGUUCCGGAUUUGGAGAACUGUCUCUUCACUGGAAAGAUGCCACACUUGACGGCUGUCCCACCUCCUUUUUGCAAGGCUGUUGAGAACCUUACCAACACUGGCCGUCUCAUUGUCCAGACACAAGAUCAGUUGGGCGCUCUUCGCAACGAAGCUGCUGUUCGCCGAACCAUGCACGAUACUUUCCAUGGAGAUGCUUGCUCGCGUGUGCUCAAUGAGUGGGAGUGCCCUCUCCAAGGACCUAUCGCAACUGCAGAACUGCUUGACAAGCAAAUGGUUAAGAACCUCGUGAAGCAGCAGGAGAUCUUCAACACAUGCUGGACCUUCAUUCAGAGCAUGAUGUGGUCUCGUCAAGUGGGCAAAGACCUUAUGAUCCAGAAUGUACCAGUCGUUUGGGAUGAGUAG